AUGCAGCAUGAGGUGUCUUCCUGUUAUAGCUAUAUUAUUGGAGCACCCUGUAUUCUUUAUAACAUUUCUAUGAUUCAUUAUCAUAACAGAAGAACUGCUUUUGUGAAUUGUUAUUCGAAUUAUGGCGGAUUAGUAUCAUUAAAAUUAAGUAUUGUGAAAUGUUUGUAUGAAAGUUCUGGUUGCAUAACACAAUAUCAUAAGAUUUAUUUAUAAUGGAAACUUCAUCAAUAUUCAUUUACUUAGAAAUUUAUCAUUUAAUCAGAGGGAUGGACGUUUGAAUUAAAUUAUCAUACUAGUAAUUGGUGUGGAGAUUGUCAAUAUUUGAGAUUUUCAGAAAAUUAGUAUUGCACUCAACUCCCUCCUCAUUAAGAUUUGUUAAUAAGAUUUUUUUAAGAUUAUUCAUACCCUCUAAUAGUAGACUAUACAAAUGGUAAGUAAAAUUUUGAGCAAUUAGAUAAUCACUAAAUAAUUUUUGAAAGAAAUUUAUGGUUUGGUCUAUAUUUCGAAAUGUUAAUAAAGAAUCAUCAUGAUUCUUUAUUCAUAUUGAAAAUACAAACCGAAUCAAUUUAUAUUUAAAGCAGAAUAAGAGAUUUUGAAAUAUUUUACACUGAGCCAGAAGAAAUGCAUAGAAUUUUUAAUGAAGGUUGUUUAUAGUAAAUUGAUAAAAAAUGCUUGACAUGCCUAGAAGGUUGGAUUUAAGAUUAAUUUCUAGAAAACUGUCAUCCUUUUUGCGGAGAUGGUAUAAUUCAAGGUUAGGAAGAAUGCGAUAAUUUAGUAUCAGACGUUGGUUGUUCUUAAUGUAAGUUUUCUUGCCCAAAUUUUUGCAAUUAAUGUAAAUUUGGAAAAUGUUUAGAAUGUUAAUCAAAUUAUCAACUAAUUAAUAGUAGUUGUGAAGAAAUAAAUAAAAAUAAUGGUUUCGAACCGUUGAAUUAAAACUAUAAUUCAUUUUCUAAUUUAGAAGGAAUUUAUGGCAAUUAUUAUCACUUAUAGUUGCAAGGCUAUUUUGUUAAUCAAAAUCCAUCUCAUGACUUUUAAAUAUUUGAAAUUUUAUAAUAUUAUUUUCAAAAUUUUAAGCGAAUAAUCAUAUAGAAUUGCUUAAAGUGCUUAUUUGAAGUAUGUUUAGAAUGUUAACCUUUUUACAAGUUAUCCUAUAAUAAAAAAUAUUGUAUUCCUAUUUGUAAUGAUGGAAUUAUUAUUGAAAAUGAAAUCUGCGAUGAUUUAAAUAAUAUACAAUUUGAUGGUUGCCAUCAAUGUUAAUUAGAUUGCUAAUUAGAGUGUAAUUAAUGCAUUAAAUAAUAAUGCUACUCUUGUAUCGAUGGUUGGUAGAUUAUCAAUUAUCGAUGUUACCAAAUAUGCGGAGAUGGUUAUUUGGCUAUUUCUUCAUCAGAGUAAUGUGAUGAUGGAAAUUAUCAACCUUAUGAUGGAUGUUAUAAUUGUAAUUUCGAAUGCAAAUAAAAUUGUCUUUAUUGUGAUAGUUCUAAGAAUUGCUUAGAAUGUUAAGACAAUUUUGAAAAAAGUGAUCAAAAUUACUGCAAACCUAUAUGUGGAGACGGAAUAAUCAUUGAAGGAUUAGAAGAAUGCGAAGAUUUAAAUGAUAUUCAAUAUGAUGGUUGCUAUUAAUGUUUUUUUUAAUGUAGUCAAAAUUGUUCCAAAUGUAAGCAAGGUAAGUGCUAAGUAUGUGCUGAAGGAUAUGACUUAAUUAUAAAUGAAUGCCGUUAAGUAACAAUUAUUAAUGCUAAUUAAACUGAUGACAAUAAUGCAGUCUAAAGCCAAUAAUGUGGAGAUCAAAUUCUAUCUAUUAAUGAGUAAUGUGAUGAUGGAAAUCAAUAUAGUGGUGAUGGAUGUUCUAUCAACUGCAAAACAGAAGAAAACUGGAAAUGUAAUGAAGAGUAGCCUAAUUAGUGCUUUAAAUAAACUAAAUUUUUCUUAAAGUACGAAAAUCAAACCUAUGAACAUCAAUUUGUUUUCUUAAUGUUUUCAAAUGAAGUGAAAUAAGUUUCAGAAAUAAGUUUUCAGGAUUCCAUUUUAGCCGAAAUAACAAAUCUAAAUAAAAAUUAAUCAACUUUAAUUGAUAAUAACGAAAUGCCUGUCCUUAUCUCAUCAGAAUAAUUAUUACUUAAAGAACCUAAAGUUUUGACUUAGAUUUAAAUUAAGGUUGCUAAUAGGUUUAAAGAUAUUGGAAAUGCUUUAAUUAUAAGUUUAGGAGCUAUUAGCAUUUUGAUGUUAUUAUUUGGAGAUCCAUCAUAAAGCUUAGAGAUUUUUGACGUUUUACAGUAUUAAUCUUAUUUGAAAUUUGUAAACAUUGCUUAUCCAUAAAAUCUAUAUAUCUAUUUUCAAUCAUCAGAAAUUGUAACAGUCAGUCCAAUAUUGAUAUCAUGUAAAAUGACAGAUAUUCUUAAUAAUCUAAUUCCUUAUAACUUUAUUACAAGUAUAGGAAAGCUUUAAGAGUAUCAAAUGAAUGCUGACUUUCUUUUAAACAUCUAGAGCUAAAUCUCUUAAAUUGCUUUAAUUGUUAUAUUCUACCUAUUUCUAUAAUUUUAUCCAAAAUUCGUGAAUAAUUUUAUUUUAAAGCCUAAUAAUAUUAAUGCUCUAAGAGGGUUGAAUUAAAAAUGGCUUGAAAAGCUAAUAACUAAAUUAUAUGAAUUUAAUAAAAAAAUCCUAAAUUUAAAAAAUAUUUAUACUAUGGAAGGAUUUAGGCAAAUUUACUAUGCAAAUUCUUGGGAUUUACUUUUUAAAGCAUUUCUUUAUAUAAUUAUUAAUAAUAUUAGAUUGUUAGAUUGA